AUGGGGUUCUUCGACCGCAAAAAGGUCCGGAAGACGCCUCCGGGACCGGGACCGAUGAUCCGACCUGCUCAUCCGCCUCCCCCGCCCUCGCAAUAUGCUGUCUCGGCCAUGCAGACGCCUCAGCACUGGUCACAACACCAACAACACCAGCAGCAACCUCCACCCCCAUAUCACAGCCAGCAGCAGUAUCCUGUUCAACCACCCCCGCGUCAGGACUGGUCUUCGGCACAUCCACAAAGAAACCAAUAUCCUCAGCCCAUCGUGGUUAACCAACACUAUUACAUCGCCCCUCCUAACGCGCAGCUCGCGCUCCCCGCGCCCCCGGGAAGCACUAUCCCCCGCCCAGGGUCCGCGGCACCCACGCAAACAUGCCCCCUCGGCCUAGACAAGUCCCUGGGCAUCGACAAGCUCACAGGCUCUGUGGCGACACUGGCGAAGGACUUUACAUCGCCCCAAUUCUUCGAAGAGCCUAACUUCCACCCCCACGCAACCCAGCUCAUCAACUCCACAGCCGCGUGCGUGGACCAGAUUGCAGGCUGCUUCAACGAUGUCAUGACCAUGAUUGAUGGCGAAAAGUUUUCGGGCCACGAGAAGGCUUUAUUCACUUACCAGCAACAACCUCCCUCUCAUUCUCACGCACUGGUAGAAUAUGAAACGAGAAGAGGGGGAAGUGGCGGGAAGAGCUCCUCAAGGAAGAAGAGCAAAGACCAUUCGUCGUCAAAAGUGCAGAACGCGGGAGUCACAGCAUCGGUCGUCUCGGGAAGCUAUUUCUCCAAAGUGGACAUGUACGCCAAUGCGAGGCUGCCCACGAAUCUUCCUCCUCUGCGUCUAUAUAUGCCGACAUGGCCCCUCCUGUGCAUGGCUGCACAGUACGCGGAACGGGUCUACGACAGACCAAAAGGCGCGGAGCGUGACACACAUGUUCAGGCAGACUGGAAGAAUGGCACUAAGGCCAUGGUGAUCAAGUCGGUACCGAUGGACCACAUGAACACCAUUGUCUUCGCUAUCCGCGGGUCUGCGACCUUCAUGGACUGGGCUGUCAACCUCAACACGGCACUCGCGUCUCCCGUAAACUUCCUAGACGACCCGGGUAACUUCUGUCACGCUGGAUUCCUUACUGUCGCGCGCAAGAUGAUCCGUCCUGUUGCUGCGCGUCUGCGUCAGCUUCUUGAGGAGGACCCCUCCCGAAGCGCUUAUUCGUUGCUCAUUACCGGCCACUCCGCGGGCGGCGCUGUCGCAAGUCUACUCUACAGUCACAUGCUCGCAACAACAUCGCAAGCACAAAGUGAGCUAAAUCUGUUGACGGGGUGCUUCAAGCGCGUUCACUGCGUCACUUUUGGCACGCCGCCCGUCAGCCUCCUCCCACUCACCAAGCCCGAUCGCCCGGAGCUGAGGAAGAGCCUGUUCAUGACGUUUGUGAACGAAGGUGACCCAAUCGCGCGAGCGGACAAGGCCUAUGUGAAAUCGCUCUUAGAGCUACUGGCAUUGCCUGCGCCAGCCGGCUUGCCGAGGUCUCAUGGUUUAAACACGCAGGUAGAAAAGGAAAGGAAGAGCUCGAGGGGCAUCGUGGCCAAGGCGAGCAAGAUCACGUUACGGCCGAAGGAGAGCAGUGCAGUUUUGAGCGCUGCCCCCACAGACAGCAAUAGCAGAAGGCACUUGCCAGUGUGGGAACUGCCGCCGUGCACGCUGAGCUCGCCCGGCAGGAUCGUGGUCCUCAGGGGCGGGGAUGCCAAGGCAAGGGUUAAGGACAGGAAGACGGUCGAAGAGAGGCUGAACGAGGGGGUCAUUGCGCAGACUGUCAGCGAAGAACAGUUGCGCGGCGUCAUAUGGGGAGAUCCCGUGUGUCAUGUCAUGAAGCUUUAUUCUGGAAGGAUUGAGACGUUGGCUGUCGGAGCUGUCACGGGGAGGCAUGGCUGA